AUGGCACCAAAUGCUUUGGGCAAGGUCCAAAGUGUAGAGGAACAAGUUAGAGCUGCAGCUGAGCACAAACUUGGAGUUGCUAAUCAGAGCAUUACUGCUGGCUUCUUUGACAAUAACACAAGUGCUGAAGAUCGAAGAGAAUACUUGGAGUCCCUUUUCCGGGAGUGUAAGAAAGAGGAACAUACACCAGUUUUGGAUGAUGAUGCUUUAAAUUAUCUUAUAGCCCGCAGUGAGUCUGAGAUUGAUAUAUUUGAAUCAGUUGACAAACAAAGGCGGGAAGAAGAGCUGGCAACCUGGAGGAUGUUGACGUCGGGACAUGAGACAAAUUGUUCUGAUCCUGUAUCUCUCCUGCCUUCUCGGCUUCUAACAUACGAAGAAUUAAAACCAUUCUAUGAAGCAAUGAAGAUUUCUGAAGUACCAAAGCCUGGAUUGGUAUCUAAUGCUGGCAUAAAGCGAAAGAGUGAAAAUCUUGGGGGCCUUGAUACCCAACAAUAUGGAAGGGGGAAACGAGCAAGAGAGGUGCGCAACUAUGAAGAGCAAUGGUCAGAGGAAGAAUUCGAAAAGAUGUGUCAAGUUGACUCCCCUGGAUCCCCUAAAGUGAAGGAAGAAGUGAUGGAAAAGAGCUUGCCAACAGUUGUGAGUGGGUCUAUUAUGGCCAUUGGUGAAACAGAAGCACCAGCACCAGCACCAAUCAAACUGCCUCAACAACCUUCUGUGGAGCCUCCAACACAACAAAGCAAAGAGGUUACACCACCAUCUAAACGGGGCCGAGGAAGGCCUAAAAGAGUGACAACGGUAGUCACUCCAUCGCCGAUGGUUCUUCCAGUUCCGUCUGGUGCCAGUAAUGUUGAUGUGGUAAAGGUUUCUAGCAGUCCAACAGUAUCGAGUCCUGAUUCCUUAUCAACUUCUUCUACUGUAAAGAGUAUAACUGGAACCAUCCAUCAAUUUGGUGUAUUUAUUCCUCCUAGCUGCCAGUCGAUUUCUCCCCUCUCUUCUAUGGUUCCUGUCUCUCAGUCUAUUGCUAUACCUUGCCCUUCCCCAUCUGUGCAAGUCAAAGGAAGAGGUCGAAAGACUCAGAGUGGGGCAGAAAUGCCUCGGCGUAGAGGGAAGAAACAAAGUACAACACCACCAACUGUUCCAGUUCUUCCUGCACCAGCUGGAACAGGCACAGAAUUGGGUUCACAGAGAGGAGUGGUGUCCAGUUCCUCAUCAGCCUCUGCUCCCGAUUCUGUUUCUGCCUCUCCUACUGUAAAGGAUAUUAGUAAGGUGGCUGAACCAAUUUCCCCCAUUGUUCUGGUUCCUCCUGCUCCUUCUGGAACCAGCAAAAUAGAUAUCGGAUCACAGAGGGGACCAGUUUUCUGCUCUCCUGUGGUCUCUGCUGCUUCUGCUAUGACUGGAAUCUGUGGAACUGUGGAUGCUCUUGGUUUAGGUAAUGCUUCUAGCUCUAAGCCAAUCCCUCCAUUACCUUCUGUCGCCCAUGGCGCUCAAUCUAUACUUCCUUCUCAUUCUGUUCCUGAGCAAGUUGAAAUACAAGGAAGUAAAGGUCAAAGUAGAGUUGUGGCACCAAGCCGAAGGGGUAAGAGACAGGAUCCUGUAACCCCUGUUAUUCCUCCUGAUGUUUUAAGUAAUCAGCAUCCCCAAUCAAAUGAACCACCACAGAAGAAAUCAAGGGUAUCAGGGGUGAGAAAGGCCAUUACCACAAGAAGUAUGCGAGAUAAUGAAGCUCAGAAACUGACAAAUGUCAUCCAUGCACAAUUAUGUGAAGCCCCUAACCCUGAUGGUCUAGCUGGUGAAAAUUCAAAUUUAACUGAGAAAUCAGAUAUUUCAGUCCACAACACGCAGCAAACGAGUACAUCAGCAACAAAUAAUGUUGCAUCCUGGUCCCAAGAAAAGAAGUCUGCCUAUUCGGAAAAUAGAGUUGAUGCCUCACUGGAAAUAAAGAAUGGAAAAAUCUCUACUGAAAAUGAAGCAUCUCAAAGUCUUGCAGAUCUUACUGUUGAACAAGUCCAUGCUGCUGAUGCAAAAGUUUUUACUCCUGGGAUAAACAAGGUUUCACAUGAAACUCCCUCAACAGAACCUAAAAUUGACGGGGUUUUAGGAAGCAGCGGAGAAGAUGCCCCUGCUUUAACUGCAUCAAAUAAUACGUUCAUUGAGGUUACAGUGAAACAAAACUUGGAUGAUAAAACCUCUCUGGCUUCAUCAACUUCAGGAAGGACUCCAGUUUGUGAUUUUCCUGUUGAGAAGUGUGGAGGUCAUUUUGAGAAGGAAGGUGGUGGAAAUGCAGAAGAGGAGAAAACUCAUGUGAUGGGCAAAUCUGUUGCUCCAAAGCCCGUGGUUUGUGAACCUGAGAGCAAAGAAACUGAUAAAGAACAUUGUCACGACAAGUGUGGAGAGAAUAUUGAAGCUCAGAAACUGACUGAUAUAGCUCAGGUACAGGCAUGUCAAGUCCAUAUCUCUGAUGGUUUUACUGGUCCAGAUUCUAAAUCAAUUAAGCAAUCAGAUUAUUCUCUACAAAACAAGCAGGAAACAAAUCCAUUGGCAGCAAUUGAUUUCGCAUUUAUGUCCCUGGGAAAGAAGUCUACGCAUGUAGAAGUCCAAGAAGUUGAUGCAACAACAAAAUCACAGGAUAGAAUUUUGUCUACAGAAAUUGAGACUUCUCAAAGUUGUGUGGAAGUUGUCUCAGAACAAACGGCUGACAUAAAAGAUGCUGCUGCUGUAAUAAAGGAGGUUCCUUGUGAAACUUCCUCGUCAGAAGCUGUUAUUGAUGAGUCUUCUAGGAGUGAAGGUGGGGAUGCCCCAAAUUUUCCGGUCUCAAGUGACACCUUAAUUGAAGUGACUGUGAACCAAAGUUUGAAUAAUAAAGCCGAUCCAUCUUUGUCAACUUUGGGAUCUAAUCCAGUUUGUGAUCUUCUGAUGUGUCAAAGUCAAUCUGAGAUGGAAGAUGGUGAAAGGGUGGAAGAUGAGAAAAAUUCUGUCAUGGGUGGACCCAUUGCUCCCAAGCCCAAUCUUAGUCGAUCUGAGGGCCAAACAACUGACAAGAGCCAGUGCAAUGAGGAGAAAAAUCCUGUUAUGGAUGAAUCUGUUGGUCCCAAGCCACAGUUUAGUGAAUCGGAGGGCCAAAGGACUGACAAGAGCCAUUGCAAUGAGAAGGGCGGAGAGGAUGAAGCUGAGAAACUGGAAGACAUUGUCCAGGCACAGGCAUGUGAGGUCCAUGCCCCUGCUGGCUCUGCUAGGCAGGAUUCAAAGUCAAGUGAGCUAUCAGAUUAUCAUGCUCAAUGCAGACAGGAAGCAACCUCAGGAGCUGUAACAGAUGCUGCAGCCAUCUCCCUGAUUGAGGAGCCUGCCUAUUUAGAGGUCCAAGUCAAUGCACCAGUGAUAUCAAAGGAUGGAAAUCUCUCUACAGAAAGUGAGGUUUCUCAAACUUGUGAAGAUCUGGCCACAGAACAAAGUAAUACUGGUGAUCUUACUCCUGCAAUAACAGAGGCUCCAUGUGAAGCUCCCUUGUCAGAAACAAAAAUUAACGAGUCUUUAACGACUGAAGGUAGAGUGGUCCAAGCGGUACCUUUACCUAGUAACACCACCAUUGAGGUAACUGCAAACCAAAGUUCUGAUAAUGAGAUACAUUCAGGUUUAUCAACCUCAGAAAUGGCUCCAGUUUGUGUUCUUCCAGUUGAAAAGUGUGAAAGUCAAUCUGGGAAGGAAGGUGCUAGGGUUCUUCCAAAUAUUGUUCUGGAUAAAUCCGGUUCUCCGAAGCCCGAUAUUUGUGAACUUGAGAGUGAAAGGAAAGAUGUUGUCUCUGUUUUGGACAUUGAUGAUUCAAAGCAGCUUAUUGACGAGUCUAUUGGCUGUGGCAGUGACACUGCCCGGGAUGUACCUAUUUCAAGCAAGAGCUUGAUUGAGGUCAUGGAGCCGAAAUGUUCAACUUUGUCAACUUCGGAAACAGGCUCCAGUUUUUGAAAUUUCAGUGGACAGGUCUGAGGAUCAAUCUGGGAAAGUAGAUUUGGAAAAGCAAGAAAAUGUAGACCCUGUUCUGGACUAGACACUUUCUGGGGGACCUGCGGUUGAUCAAAGUUCCGGGCAAAAUUCCAUCUCAUCUUCAUCAACUUUGGAAACAGCAGCACCAUCUUUGGACAUUCCAAUGGACAAGUCUGAUAAUCAAUCUGAGAAAGAAGAUACAAAAGAAUAAUGUUUGAUGCUUCUUGAUCGAAGUACCAAAGCAUCAAACAUUAGGUUUGUAAUGGGAAUGUGUACUACAGCAGAUGCAAAAACUGCUAGAGCUUGUAAAAAGCUCUGAUACAUUAAUGGCUUUCUGAUACAUUAAUUAUGUGCAACCUUGUUAAAAUUAGGGCUUGUAAAAAGGAACUCCCUGCUUUUUUAAUGUUUGUAAUGCAGGUCUUUUGAUGAACUCUCUGCCUUAUUUAAACCAUGCCUUCGAUUUGAGCAAGGGAUUUCUGAGAAAAUUCCC